GGAUAAUAGAAGAAGAGUCGUGCGCUAGCUCCGAGCGCCAGGAUAAGAAAACCGCGCGGCUGCACGGAGGGCGGCCGACCGCCCGACCGACCAAGCGGAGCUCCGGCGACUGCGAGCGCCCGACUAUGGCGUCCCUCUCCCCUUCCCUCCAUCUCCCGUGCAAUUCAAGAACUGGCUUCCUCGGAAAGACACAAGGGAUUCGUCCUCGUGUUAUCCCUGCUGGCAGAGUUGGGUUUGUCAGAACAGUAGUGGAAUGCAAGGAAUCUAGAAUUGGAAAGAAGCCCAUCGAAGUUCCAUCAAAUGUUACUCUCACAUUAGAGGAGCAGUUUGUCAAAGCUAAGGGUCCGCUAGGGGAGUUAUCAUUGAGCUAUCCAGGUGAAGUGAAAGUUGUGAAAGAAAAAUCUGGUAAGCUGAGACUUUUUAAGACUGCGGAGACCAAGAGGGCGAACCAGAUGCACGGACUUUUCAGAACAUUGACAGACAACAUCAUCGUUGGUGUGUCCAAAGGAUUCGAUAAGAAGCUUCAAUUAGUGGGUGUCGGAUAUCGUGCUGCGGUGGAGGGCAACGAUCUCGUGAUGAACCUGGGUUUCUCGCACCCUGUUCGGAUGGCUAUUCCCGAAGGCCUGAAGGUCAAGGUGGAAGAGAACACCAGGAUCAUUGUGAGCGGCUAUGACAAGAGCGCAAUCGGUCAGUUUGCUGCUACCAUAAAGAAGUGGAGGCCACCUGAGCCAUACAAGGGAAAGGGUAUCCGGUAUGCUGAUGAGGUUGUAAGAAGGAAGGAGGGCAAAGCUGGGAAGAAGAAAUAGAAACCGUUUCUUUGUUUUCUGCGGGUUUCACACUUCGUUUUACUUUUCCACUGUAAUGAUCAUCGUGUACUAUGGCCAACCCUAAGAAAAUUCUGUUCUUUUCUGAUCAUGGCAUGUAGAUCUACACUUUCAGGAUCCCACGA